AUGUCAUCAAUAACGUCCAAAACCCAAAUUACGGAAAAAAUAAUCCAAUUAUUAAAAACAUUACCAAAAGAUAGAUUAAAACAUUACGCAUCAUUUAAAGAUUCACAACUUCAGAGAUUUGAAAAUACACAAAUAGUACAAGAUAUAUCAGAAAAAGAUUUGAAAUUACAAUAUAUAGCUUUGAAAGAGCUUGUGAAUGAUAAAUAUAAAAAUUAUUAUAAAUUAGAUGAUAAAUUAUUAAAACCUAAGGGAAAUCCUGAUUAUUAUAAUAGAUUAAUUAGUGAGAUUAAAGGUGAAAAAAAGGAGACGUUAUUUACUGCUAUUAGAACUGUUAGGACAUUACAAGGAUCCAAACCAUUACAAUCACUACUAACAAUUUCUGUACUUCUACUGAUUUACUUACUAUAUCAUUUCAAUGUAUUUUGGUUCUUAAAUUCAUCAUCUACAUCAACACCAGAAGAAAUUAAUUCAUUACUACAAAAUAAAGAUACAAAUAUAGUAGCCUUAAAGAAAACAGAAUUGACUAAUCAAGGUAUACAAAAGCCAUACUUAGAUGAUUCAUUAUUUCAUGUACGUAAUUGGAAUUUGAAAGGAAACACGUUUGUUGAAAAUGAUAAAUAUAUUAGAUUAACCUCUACUGCACCUCAUUUAGCUUCAAAUAUGUUUAGUAAAAAUCCAAUAGAAGCAGAGUCUUUUGAAAUGGAGUUGACGUUCCAUAUACAUAAUGAAGAUGCAAAACAUGGAUUGGUGGGGGAUGGAUUAGCAGUUUGGUUUUUAGAUAAACCUUCUGAUAUUGGUGAUGUUUUUGGAAUUGAAAAUAAUUUUAAUGGGUUAGGAAUUAUGAUGGAUACGUAUAAAAAUGGUAAACGUGGGACUUUCCCCUUUGUGAAUUUAAUGUUGGGUGAUGGUUCUACUUAUUAUAACAAGGGAACAGAUGGGUAUGAAACUAGAUUAGCUGGAUGUACUGCUAAAGAUCUUUUAAAUCCAGCUUCAAAGGAGACAAAAAUGAGGUUAGUAUAUAUCAAAAAUGGUUACUUAUCAAUAGAUUUCAAUUAUUACGGGAAACAUGAAGAUUGGACAAACUGUGUUACAUUAACAGAUGUUAAAUUACCCCACAUCAAGUACUUGGGAUUAAGUGCAGAAACUGGUCAAUUAUUUGAAAAUGUUGACGUGAUAGAAAACAAAAUAUUUGCAUUAUUUAAACCAGAUGGUACAUUUGUUGAAAGUAUAGAUGAAUUGGAUGAUUUAAUAAAGGAACAAAAUGAAUACGAUGAAGAAGCUAGCUCGUUAAACGACAUAAAUCAAAAAGUUGAGAAUAUAAAAUCAAAAACUGGUGGUCGAAAUAGAGCAUUCAAAAGAAAAUUAAGUACUCAACGAAGAAGAACACUAAAGAGAUUACAAAAUGCUGAAAAAAGAAUAAAGCAAAGGGAAAAGCAAGCAAGGUUGGAGAAAUAUGGUGAUGAAGACGCUACUUUUUUCAAGAGAUUGUUCAGUAGGUUGUUAUGGUGUCUUAAAAUUAUAAUUUAUAUCGUCAUAUUUGUAAUUUUAAUUUGGUUUGGAUUGAUUAUUUAUAGAGUUCAAAAACAAAAACGAAAACUGAAAAGUACUGGAUUAUUAGAUUGA